ACAAGCGUGUUUUGUCAAAUUGUCAAUUUGUGUGUGAAUUGUAAUUGUUUGCAAUUUCAGCGCUGUUUUCUUGAAAUUUCUUGAAAUCAAGUAAUAAAUAACGUUCAAAGAUGGCGACAACAUCUAAACCACGCUCAGAGAUGACUUUAGAAGAAUUAGCGAAGAUUGAAGAAGAAGAAUUCAGUACAGGGCCUCUUUCAGUACUCACACAAUCUGUAAAGAAUAACACACAAGUUCUUAUCAACUGCCGUAAUAACAAAAAGUUGCUUGGACGCGUCAAGGCUUUCGACCGGCAUUGCAACAUGGUACUUGAAAACGUCAAGGAAAUGUGGACUGAAGUACCAAGGCUGGGCAAAGGCAAGAAGGGUAAAGCAGUCAACAAGGAUAGAUUUAUCUCAAAGAUGUUCCUUCGCGGAGACUCAGUGAUCCUAGUAUUAAGAAACCCAUUAGCCACCGCUGCCGGCAAGUAAUCAACCUUAAACAGAAUGCCUUUGGUGUAAAUUCCAGUGUUCUCCAAAAACUUUAAUCUUAAGCUACCAGUAUUUUAAUGCAUCUGUUUUGUAUGGUGGUGUAUUGAAAUGUACUGAAAUAAAUAAAUGAUAAGAUUUUCA